AUGGGUGGAUCAGUCGUCAUCACAGGAGCCAAUGGCUCUCUAGCACUGGGAUUUGUAGAGGCAUUCCUCAAGUCAUAUCCCCAGUAUACUCUCAUUGCCGCGGUACGAAACACAUCCACGAAAGAGGACGCCAACACAGCGAAACUCGCCAGCUUGAUCGCCAGGUAUCCCAAGGCCAAAGCUCACAUUGAGAGCAUUGACCUGGGUAGUUUGGUGAGCACACGGUCAUUCGCAGACAACAUCGCAGCACGAAUUGCUUCCAAAGAGCUUCCACCCAUAGUAGCGAUCAUAUGCAACGCGUUCACCUGGUCGUUGGAAUCCGGCCAAAAGUUCACGGUGGACGACAUGGAGGCCACGUUCCAGGUUGGCCAUCUGUCUCACUACCUGUUAGUUCUUAAACUGCUCGGCAGUAUGGAUGUCAAAUCGGGACGCGUCGUUCUGCUUGGAUCAAUUGUUCACUUUGACCUUCCGAAUCCGAUCUCGUCUCUCGUGGCUGGGUUUCCGGAGGACUUUGACAAGCUUGUUACACCGGACGCAGACCCAUCGGAUCUGAUCCACGACAGAGGAUUUCAGCGAUAUGCAAACGCUAAGCUUGCCAAUAUCACUUUCCUCUAUGAUUUGAACAAAAGACUUGAGAAGGAUCCCAAGCUAUCCAAUAUCACAGUGACAGCAAUGGACCCAGGCGGCCUUCCGGAUUCCCGUUCGCAGGCCGGACAGAAGAGAGCUGUGAGGGGCUUUUUUGCGCUCAUUAAUGUGCUAAUGCCUGCUCUGAAGUAUUUUACCUCACAGUUUCGGACAACUCGGGAUGCUGGUCGGGAUCUCGCUACAUUGAGUCUCGAUCCAAGCUUCAAAGGCAAAAGAGGUUACUAUAUUGGCACGAGGGAAGGCACUCCUUCGAAGGUAGCGAUGGCAGAGGAAGUACAGAAGAAGCUCUGGGAUGGGUGCUGGAAAUGGGCUAAUCUCACCCCAGAAGAAACUGUCCUUCAGAACUCAGCCUCAAAUCCUUAA